CACUGCUGAAUCAAAACAAUGGCCGACUGGGAAGCUAGCAUUUCACCUCCUGUGAUCUUUUUAAAUGUUUAACACUUAACUUUCGCUGAGUCACAUUAAUUGACUCUUUCUGGGAUGGAUAGAUGAUUUAAUACGUGUAUUUUGAAAGAGGAAAAAACAGCUGCCAACUCCCGCUUUUCGCUGCCAAGAUGAGCGAUGUUGUGGAGAAGACCCUGACAGCUCUGCCGAGCCUCCUGUCUUUAGACUCUCAGCCUGGCUCAACCAAACUGUCCUCCACCUCCAAACUGGGAAACCUCAUCAGAGGGAUCACAGAGCUGACGUCCAAACAUGAGGAGGAAAAACUUAUUCAACGUGAACUAGCAUCUAUCAAAGAACAGGUGUCCUCCCCCAACACCUCCAUGAGGCAGAUGAAGGAGCUCAUGGUGAGAGCAAUCUACUGUGAAAUGCUUGGUUAUGAGGCUUCGUUCAGCUAUAUUCAUGCCAUCAAACUGGCUCAACAAGGCGCUGCUCUGGAGAAAAGAGUUGGUUAUCUCGCUGUGUCUUUGUUUCUGAAUGAAAGUCAUGAGCUGCUGCUUCUCCUUGUGAACACUGUAUUAAAGGAUCUUCAGAGCACAAACCUUAUUGAAGUGUGCAUGGCUCUAACUGUCGUCAGCCAGAUGUUUCCCAAAGAUAUGAUUCCUGCAAUCCUUCCUCUGGUUGAGGAGAAACUGAAUCACCCAAAAGAAAUCAUUAGACGGAAAGCGGUCCUGGCGCUGUAUAAAUUCUACCUAAUAGCACCGAAUCAAGUUCAACACAUCCACAACAAGUUUCGCAAAGCUCUGUGUGACAAAGACCCGGGUGUCAUGACAGCUUCUCUACACAUCUACUUACAGCUGAUCCAGGAGAACGCAGAAAGUUAUAAGGACCUGACGGCAAGUUUUGUCACCAUACUGAAGCAGGUGGUGGGAGGAAAACUGCCCAUGGAUUUUAACUAUCAUAGUGUCCCUGCUCCAUGGCUGCAGAUUCAGCUUCUCAGAAUAUUGUCCUUACUUGGGAAAAAUGACCAGAGCACCAGUGAGAUCAUGUAUGAAGUCCUUGACGAGUCUUUACGAAGAGCAGAGAUGAAUCAUAACAUCACCUAUGCAAUAUUAUACGAGUGUGUAAAAUGUAUUUACACAAUUCAUCCCAAAUCUGACCUUCUGGAAAAAGCUGUAAAGUGCAUGGGCAACUUUGUUCUGUCGCCGAAGAUCAAUCUCAAAUAUCUCGGCUUGAAGGCCCUCACCUAUGUGGUCCAGCAGGAUCCUAAACUGGCCCUGCAGCAUCAGAUGACCAUCAUAGAGUGUCUUGAUCACCCCGACCUCAUCAUCAAGCGUGAAACACUGGAAUUACUUUUUCGGAUUACCAAUGGCCAGAAUGUCACAGUUAUCGUUGAGAAGAUGCUGGAGUUUCUGCGCAUUAAUAAAGACGACUACACUACCAUCGACCUGGUGGGGAAGGUGGCAGAACUGGCAGAAAAAUAUGCACCAGACAAUGAAUGGUUCAUUGAGACCAUGAACACAGUGUUUUCAGUGGGUGGAGACAUGAUGCAGCCUGACAUCCCGAAUAGUUUCCUUAAACUGCUGUCUGAGGGGUUUGACAGUGUGGAGGAGGACAGGAAGUUGAGACUGUUUGCUGUUGAUUCAUAUGUUUCUCUGCUGCAAGGAGAGCCUGGCAAACUGCCACAGCGCUUCCUCCAAGUCAUCAGCUGGGUCCUCGGUGAAUACUCCUAUUUGAGGGAGGAGCUUGAAGCGGCUACAGUCCUGAGGCUGCUGGCCAAACUGUUGGACAUGAAGAACACCACCAGUGAAACCAAGAGCUGGGUCCUCAUGGCAAUGACCAAGCUCUGCGAGGGCGGGGCAGGUAUUUCUGUGGCCCAGGAUGUGUCUGAAACAUACAGCAGCUCCUUGGACACAGUGCUGAGACAGAGGGCUCAGGAGCUGCAGCACCUCAGCCAGCACCCUGAACUACGAGCUAGGGUGCUACCUCGAAACGCUGGCCUGGAACCCCUGGAGGUGGAUUCUUCUCUGUCAUUUCUGGAUGGAUUUGUAUCGGAGGCGUUGGCUGCUGGCGCUGCUCCAUACAAGCCUCCCCACCAACGGCAGGAGGAACUAGCCCAGGCAAAAGCAUUGAGCCUGGAGCCAUACGGCCUGUCCCUGCCCAUCAGCAUGUCUUCCUGCAGCAUCGCAGACAGACAGUCUCCUACACUGUUGUCCAUAAGCUCUGGUCUGUCAGGCGACAGCACUGACCUCUCACACAAAGGAGGUUCUACGACUUUGAAGCUGGAUGGUGUGAAGAGGGUGUGGGGGAGGGAGGGCUACCUGUCGCAGAGAGAACCUGUGGAGGAGUCUGCCCAUGUUGAGGUUCCCAGUCCUGUCCGGUCACCCAGCCAGCAGGGAGAGGCUGAGCUGGAACAGGAGAAACAGCAGCUGGCCUCUUCGCUGUUUGUCGGCCUGGGCUCCCAAAGCUCUGUGUGCCUGAUGGGAAAAUCUGACCCGACGCCGCAGCGAUUCAGAAGAAAAGCCAAAAGUCCGAGCUCGUCCUCCAGUACCAGCGAGCAUCUAUCAAACUCCGUCACUACCCCGAGCGCAGUGGAUAACUUGCUGUGUAACAGCCUCCUGGACUCCAACAUCACCUCAGAGCCAACCAUUUCCUCGCCCAAAGAGACAUCCCAACUCCCUCAGGGCCUCGCUGUUGCAAAUGGCACAUGUGAUGCUGAGUUAGCUGACAGUGACACAAAGAAAAGCAGCCCCUCUCCCAUUAGGGAUAACGGUGUUGAUCCGGCUCCAUCAGAAGACAUACCUGAAGACUUGUGUCUCAGUUCUCAUCUUCCUGCUGAACUCUCGGGACUGUCGCACUCAGAAAUCACUCCUGUGUGCUCCAACCAAAGCCUGGCUGUCUCAGCUUGUCAUGUGCAGAAAGACGAUUCUUUAGAGCUAGUUGUUUUUAUUCACAACUCCUCUGACUCUGACAUUCAGCAGAUACUUCUAGAGCUUGACUCAGAUGAAGUCGAGGUACCCUGUGAGUGUGACACUAUAGUGCAGGAGGUGAGAAGCCACAGUGUAGCAGUGUGUCAGUAUUCCCUGACUGUGAAGAGGCCUUCAGUCCACGUUGAAGUGGUCGGGGCGGUAUCUUACCAGUUUCCUGUUGGGACACCUCAGUCAUUGCAGUUCAUGUACAAACUGCCUCUAACCAGCUUCAUCAGACCUUUGACCGUGUCCACAGAGGAGUACGGGACGAUGUGGCUGGACUUCUCUCAUGAUACAAAGCAGAAACUGACGGUGAUAAGUGACAGCGAAGAGCCUCUCACAGGCACUCUGAAUGUGCUGAAGAAGAAACUUCAUCUUCAUGUUGUGGAAAUCAUAGGUAUGGAAGGUAUUGUAGCCUGCCGCCUCCUCCAGGAUCAGCCGUGUCUGAUGCACUGUCGCCUGCAUGCAGGAACACUGGCCGUGUGGCUGCGCUCUCCGGUCCCGGACCUGCCCGACUGCCUGAUGUAUCAUUGUCAGAGAGCUUUACAGGAGCACUGAGCCUCCGAUUGCAACUCCUCCACUGACGCCACUGAGCAACAUGACCACCUGACCCUCUACCACUGUAGAGGACGAAGGUACACAGAGCAGUAGUGCAACACAUCAUCCUCAUCUUCGUAUUACAAUGUUUACCUUUUGUUUAUCUCUUCCACGAAAGCUACAUUGUAGGAUUUUUGUAUGUCCACUAAUCAGUUAAACUGAUGGAAUAAUCCACGUCUGUUUGAAAGUCAUGGCUGGUAAAAACCUCAGGGCCAAAAGAUUGUGUUUGAUGUUUUCAAUAUCAAUAAUGUCUUAAAAUGAUGACUUGAAAACUUAAGUGGUUAAAACAUUGUUCAUGAGUGAAAUGAAUGCUAAGUAUGAUAUUCUUGGUAUGAAAGGAAAAUCAUAAAUUUCUGGUAUUUUUUUGCGCCCCAGGGGUCCCAUUUAUAAACAUUGUGUAUGCACAAAACGAGGCUUGAAAGAAGGGUACGCCACUUCCUACGCAAAAGUUGUGAUAUAUAAAAACAAACUUGGUGGGAGAAACUGACCCGUGCUUCCGAACAUUUUGAAGAUGGGAAAUUGACGACACAGAUGGUGAGGUGGAAGCCUGAUGGUAGAAAUUGUUGAAUAUUUUUUGGUGCAUUUUGUCCGUACAUACAUUUGUAGUAUGGAUCCUACGCAUUGUUCUAUAAAUGAGAUCCCAGGUCUGCAUGCUGAGUGUCAGCAGAGAUCAUGUCCUGCUUUCUAAUUUGCGAUAUUUUUUAAAAAUGAGCUACAUUUUUUAAGUUAGAACGAUCAUAACAGCGAAGCCCAUUUAGAUUUUAAUCAGACAUAAAAGUAGUUUUGUUUAUUUUCAGCAAUACUCACUGAAGCAAUACUGACUGAAAUGAAAAGAUUAACACUAAUUCUUGCAUCUGAUUGGUUGAUGUUGUUUAUUAGGUGUUAUGGGAGAAGCACAGGGAAGAUAAUGAUUUUUUUAGUAAUAUGAAAUUCAUUGUUCAUUAUUUGUGGUAAGGAAACAAACCAAACAGAGCAUUAAAGGAGAAUUUAAAAUAAUCUAAAACAAAUAUUCCUGCUCGUCUUCACCGAAGUUUCAACACAUGAAAAAAUGUUUACAUCGCUGCUUGUGUUUAGGAUUACAUCAGGAUGACACUAACCUCUGACUGCAGCAGUUACACGUAUUUCUUACUAUACGAUGAGAGUCUUUUGUCUUAAAUUUAGCGCUCUGCGAUGUCUUGUCAGCAUUUCAGAUUUCGCUCAUGUUUUGCAGACGCUGCCUUCUGUGUGAUGUGAUUAUCUAUGCACUCAUGUUUCUGUCAGUUUUGGGUGAGAGGUGGAUUUUAGUGGUCUUUGAUUAUUAUAUUUUUGUAUCAAUGCAGUAUUAAAAACAUAUUUAUUGGAUUUAUAUUCUUACAGAAAGUAUUUUAUAUUGAUUUGUCUGAAAGGAAAAAAAAAUCAUCGUGCUCUGUGAACUGUCUGAUCGUGCUGCACCAGAUUUGACUCAUCUCGGCCUGUUUUAUUUAAUUCAACUUGAAGGGGAAGUUUAUGUUUGUUUUUUUGUUGCCUGAUUUGAAGCACAGCGAGAAACUAACAAUGUGUCUAAAACUUCAACUCUAACCCAACGCCUUAUGUUCUAAUGCCAAGGUGGCGUGUUUGAUUUGUGCCUGUGGUACAGAGAGAGUCAUUGUUUCUUAGAGUGCCUGUCACUAUGUUCUGCUAACUUAUGAAUAAAUUCAAACACAUGUAAAUUAA